AAACCUUCAAGAACAAAUCCUUCUCUCAACUUUUCUUUUGCUCUAAAAAAUGGCAUCUCCGUUUAAAAUUUCUGCUUUGCUUCUAACCUUUUGCGUCUCAAUUUCUCUAACCUUACCCGUACGUUCACAAACAUGCGCCUCACAGACGUUCACAAACAACAAUCUGUACACCCACUGUUUAGACCUUCCUACACUCUCCUCCUACCUUCAUUUCACCUACGAUGCCGCAAAUUCAACGCUGUCCGUCGCCUUCUUUGCUUCUCCCGCGAAAUCCAGCGGCUGGAUUUCAUGGGCCAUAAAUCCCAAGGUUCCAGCCAUGGGCGGGGCCCAGGCACUGGUAGCGUUCAAGGACUCCAAGGGUGUAAUGAGCGCAAAGACUUAUAAUAUCAGCACUUCCACGCCUUAUUCCGUUGUGCAGUCGAAGCUGGCCUUUGACGUCUGGGACACGCGCGCAGAAGAGGAAAGUGGGGUGAUGAGAAUAUUUGCCAAAAUUAAGGUCCCGCCGGAGCUGGCGGCGAAGGGGACGCUGAAUCAGGUGUGGCAAGUAGGGUCAAUUGUCGAUGCUGCUAAGGGUGUGCUGACGAUCCAUGAUAUGGGGGCUCCUAAUUUGAACUCUAAAGGGACUUUGGAUUUGAACGGAGGAAAAAGUGUUAGCUCUGGUGGACUGGAUUCCAGGACGAAAAGAAAAAAUAUUCAUGGAGUACUGAACGCUGUGAGCUGGGGAAUUCUGUUUCCGCUUGGAGUUUUAAUAGCAAGAUAUCUGAGAACUUUUCCAUCAGCAGAUCCUGCAUGGUUUUACCUUCAUGUUUUCUGUCAGGUCUCUGCCUAUGCUAUUGGGGUUGCAGGGUGGGCAACUGGUAUAAAGCUUGGGAAUGAAUCCAAGGGAGUCCAGUUUUCUCUUCAUCGCAAUAUUGGGAUCGCACUCUUCGCUCUUGCAACAGUGCAGAUAUUUGCAUUGUUCUUGAGGCCGAAGAAGGACCACAAAUACCGAUUUUACUGGAAUAUCUACCAUCAUGGUGUCGGAUAUGCCAUCCUCAUCCUUGGCAUCUUGAACGUGUUUAAAGGUCUGGAUAUCUUGCAGCCUGGAGAUAAAUGGAGAACAACUUACAUAAUUGUCAUUGCAGUCUUGGGUGGAAUUGCUGCAUUGCUGGAAUUAAUCACUUGGAUUGUAGUUUUGAGGAGGAAGUCUAGUAAAUCCACUAAGCCCUAUGAAGGAUACGGUGGACAAAGCAGACCAUGAUCAACGGAUUGUUGCUGUUGUCCAUAGCAGACCAUGAUUUUGUAAUACCCUUCAUCGAACCUCACUUGCCGGAGAGGUUCUAGUGUGAUACACAUCUCUUCUUAGCUCCUUGAUCUUUGUAUAAUGGUCUGGCUUCAUCACUCAUCAUUGUCUAGCAUAUUAGUACAGGUCGCCUUGGGUUCCAUUUUUCUCCCUCAUCUUGAUCUGGGGUGUCAUUUUAUGAUAUUUAUUGUGUAUUGAAAGGAAAGAGAGUUCAUGGUUUAUGGUAUUUCU